CACUGACUGGUACAGGGCUGACAAUUGAAAGUUUGGCUUUUCCAAGGAAGUGGAAGGGGGCUGGCAGUCUUUGUCCGUCCGUCCAGCAGUGAGCCGCCAAAUGACAGACGAGACGCACUCCCACACGCGUGCUCCUGCCCCGCCUCCUCGGAGGGUGUGUACAGCACUGUGUUGAAUUAGUAAAGGACUCUCAUAGCACCCAGGUAAAUCUGACUGUCAAAAUAGGGUCGGGUUGCGUGCAUCCUGGAUACGAGCGCCAGUCUUCUCGUGGUUAAAGGAGGCGCGCGCGCAGCCCGGACAGCUGGCCUUAAGAGUGUGGAGGACAUCACAUCCCAUUCAGUUUAAAGGUCAAAACAUUUUCAUCAUCUCAGACUGCAAGAAGAAUCUGGUAAUUAACAGGACCUUGCCAUGCUGAAUACAUGUAAUACAAUUCUGCUCAUUUACUUUUGAAAAGAGGUCAAACACCAUGAACUGGGGAUUCCUCAGAGAUCUCCUGAGUGGGGUAAACAAAUACUCCACAGUGAUAGGGAGGAUCUGGCUUUCUGUCGUGUUCAUUUUUCGCAUUCUGAUUUAUGUAGCUGCAGCAGAACAAGUCUGGAAGGAUGAACAGAAGGACUUCGUGUGCAAUACAAACCAGCCAGGCUGUGAGAAUGUGUGCUUUGAUCACUUCUACCCAAUUUCUCAAGUUAGACUCUGGGCCUUGCAGCUGAUAAUGGUGUCCACACCGUCCUUGUUAGUGGUGCUGCAUGUUGCAUACCGACAACACAGAGAAAGUCGGUAUAAAAAGAAGCUAUAUACAAACACAGGGAAGAUGGAUGGAGGAUUAUGGUGGACAUAUCUUAUUAGUUUACUAUUCAAAACAACCUUUGAAGUGGGCUUUCUGUUAGCAUUUUACUAUCUAUAUAGUGGAUUUGAAGUCCCCCAGUUGCUCCAGUGUAAAAUUAGUCCUUGUCCAAACACUGUAGAUUGCUACAUUUCACGAGCUACAGAAAAAAAAGUGUUUCUUUACAUCAUGGGUGUGACUUCCAUCUUAUGCAUCGUGCUGAACAUUUCUGAAAUGAUUUAUCUUUUUCUUAAGCAGUGCUGGAAAUGCUGUAUCAAGGCAUAUGAUUCAGUUGAUGCAAAGAGACAUUGUGAUUGUCAGCAGCACACAAAGCUAAACAGUAUGCUUUCUGGGGAUCAUAUAAUGUUGAAAGAAGACUCAACAAAUACAAUCUGUCAGACUCAAGAAAUAUGAACAAUGUGCUUAAUGUGGUUUGUUUACUCAUUUUUAACACCACAUAAAUGACAGUUAUUACCAGCUUCUUGUAAUAAAAUUGUUACUGAUAGUUCA